AUGGCUAGCUUCAAGUCAUUAUUGUUAAAUAUUUUCUUCUUUUCUUUGAUACAUAUAAGCUGCGAGCUCAUUAGGGAUAAAAGAUGCGAACAAUGGGAUUCGUGGUCUCCUUGCAAGAAUGGAAUUAGCACGAGGAUAUGCUUAACGGACAAAUCCGUAACAGAUAAGAUGACCUGCACGAUGUGUAACAUUUGGGGAGAAUGGUCUGCUUGUCAAAAUGGAAAGAGACACAGAAAAAUAGUUAACUGUCCUUUCAUUAGGGAAGAUCAGGAUUGUGAUCCAAACAAUUCGAACGAAGAAAACGCAAGAAAUAAUACCACCAUUUAUUUUAACAAUUAUGAUGAUGAGCAAGGAGACAACUUCGAAGAGACUUUGGAGGAAGAAAGCAAUUUACCCGUCACAGGCGAUAACAGCGAACCGGUUUUCCUCGAAAGGAAUUCACAUGGGGAACGAAAACAGCAAGGCAUGAGAGAAAGUUUCGCACAUGUUGACGAAGUGGACACGACUGCACAGGAGCACAACGAUAUGUUGACAGACACAACCCCCUCUGAAGCGUCACCCCCUGCAGAUGAUGCGAGCGAGAACCAUGCGAAAUCCCCCAACCCAGAUGAACUGAAUGAACCGCAUAUUAAUAGUGAUGGAGCACAAACGGAUGCAACAUAUGAUCCGAGCAGCCACAACCCCGCAGAUGACCAAAGCGACACAGCCCCAUUCAGUAAACCAAAAAGAGCAAAGAAUUUCCGAGAUCAUAAGUUUGACGAUUUUUCAAGCACUCCUGGGGAAGGCCAAAAUAAGAACCAUGCCGAGGGGGAUACGCAUCGACAGAGCUUCAAAGAACAACAAGGAAAUCAGCAUGAACAGAGCAAAAAUGAGUGGAGAAAAAAACACAAUGCAGGAACGGGAAGUGGAGGUGCACCAAAGUUUAACCAAACAUACAUUGCCAGUGGAAUGGGUCUUCUCUUUCUCGUAAGUGGAAGUGCCGCUAGCUAUGCCUUGUACAAUGGCAAGUACAAGCAACUCAAUGAAGAAGCAAAGAAUGAAAAUUUCGAAGUCAUAUUUAAUGAAGAUAUGAAGGCUAGGGAUAACAGCAAGUCUAUGUACGAGGAUGAGUUUUGGGCCCUCGGUUAA